UCCAACAGCAAGCAUCAUGGAAGCUGCCAAAAUUACCGCUGUUCUCCUGCUGACACUCGGUCUGUGCGUUGGGCUGCCGACCUACCUGCUCGGUGUUGGGUCUCCACUCCAAAACAGGCCCUCCAGACCUACAGAGCACUCCGUUCCACAUGUUCCCGAAUCCCAUCGGACUCCUCCCUCUGGCGCCAAAGAUUCUUCUUUGAAUCAUACCGUGCCCGUCCCUCAACUGGUCCACGUUAACAGGCCGAGCUUCGAAUCGCAGGGAUAUGAGUCACCCGAACAGUUCGAUGAGGAUUUCUCCGCCAAGAGAUUCGGUGUUUUUGGGCGUCGACGAGUCAUUCGGGCAGUCGAACCUGAAGGCAUCGAAAUCCUCGCUGAGCAACUGAUCGCUGAAGCCGAAGGGCAACCCGCUGACGCAGAAGGACGUUUCUCUCGCGGAAGACUGGACGGAACUAGAGUAAGUUACCCGAACUACAUCGGAGGAUACGGUAACACGUACGGAGGAUACCAUGGUGAGCAACACGGUGGACCACGAGAGGGAAUAUACAAUGGACAAUACGGUGUACAAUACAGUGGUCCUCAAGGAUUACAGUACGGAGAUCCUCAAGGCGUGCAAUACGGAGGCCUUCAAGGAGUACAAUACUUUGGGCAACACGGUGGUCUGCAUGGAGGACAAGUCGGAGGUCAACAAGGAGUACAAUACUUUGGUGUACACGGUGCACAAUACGGUGGGCUAAACGGUGGUCCAUACGGUGGGCAGAUCUCGCACAGCAAACAAGAGUAUGUCUCCCACUCUCACGCCGGGUACCACCCCUACAACAACCACAAUCAAGGCUACUACGGAGGCAGUCCCAUCCUGUACGGCCCGAACUAUCCCAUUUACGGUAAUGGAGGCUAUGGCUGGUAAAAGUAUUUAUUUUGGUUCCCAUUUCCCAGCUGAGGAAUAAAAGACCGGGACCCGGUAUGAUGCACUGUGCUAGUAAUUUUCAUAGACCGUCACAGGAAAAACUACAGUAGAACAACCCAGUGGUCGUCUUGACUCUGAGGAAACUUCGUUUUUGUUUAAACUUGUGUCCCUGAAUAAACUUGUCG